UUUUCCCCCUUGUGAUCAUUGCAGGCAUUCCGUGGUCACAUAAUUCUUUACUGAAAAGAAACUCAAGACUUGUAUUUUCUCUUCAGAUUAAGGUUGAAAAUUGCCUGAAGCCUCAGAAGGAGCAGAAAGAAAAAAUAGCUACUUACAAAAGAGACACAGAGCAAACACUGCAGGAGAUGCUUGACCUCAUUGAAAAAGUGAAAAAAAAUGUAGUGGCUGAAUUCAGAGAACUACAACUCUGGUUAGAAGGACAGGAGAAGCUUCUGCUGGCUAGAAUGGAAGAGACGGAGGAGGAUAUUAUGGCAAGAAAGGAGAAGGGUUUGGCCAAGCACAUGGAGGAACUGAGCUCUCUUGACCAUCUGAUCCAGGAGAUAGAAGAGAAGCUUCAGCAGCCAGCCAGCCAACUCUUACAGGUCAGGCGUCAGCCCUGGAUCCAUGGGGGAGGGACAGAUUUUUAGAGCUGCCACAAUGGGGGAUGGGUAGGCUGUGGGAAGGGGAGGGUAGCGAAGGGAGUAUAGCCACAACAACGUUCUUUCGCAAGAGAUCAAGGACAAGCUGCUGGCACCUGGAGGGGAGUGGACGAAGUUUGGCAGUAGCUGAGACAGGAGGUUGAUUGGGCCAUGUGACGUGAAGGUCACUGAAUGGAGCAGGGUUUGAAUUUUAGUGUGGAGGGGGGAAAACGUGGGAAUUCAGAUUGGGGUUUUCCCCAGAUGUGCCAACAUGACUU